UAUUAACGUGUGCACAUGUCCGCAAUAUUUCGAAGUUGAAAUAGCAACCCGAAAAAAACUGAAAACGUGAGAAGGAUGAUCAAAUGCAUUGUUAUAAAGAAGAAAUGGUGAAAAAUUUGUUUGGUGUAAACUGAAACCCUAGGGGCAGUAACUGCAUUCUUGUUGGGAGUUGAUUUAAACAAAAGAAAUAUAAUUGGGACAGAAAUGGGAGAUAACUCUUUAGUGUUGACACCAAACUCUUGCAGAUAUGAACUGCGAUCUAGGACACCAAAUACACCCAACACACCUGCAACCCCUAAAGGCAGAGUUCUUCGUUCAACCAGCACUCCAAAUAAAGCAGACAAUGUUAAACAAGAACUUAGUUCACCACUCAAGUCAAGUAACACCCCAUGUACGCCCCUCCAGAGAGCGGUCCUUACACCAAAUACCCCUAAAACCAAGGAUAACCUGGUAUUCAGGACACCAAUGUCUUUCAAGCCAAGAAUUGUUGGUAACAGGCCAGUUCCCUCCCCUUCAAGAGAAGAAAUCUGGAAACAAGAACUUGGCUUAGAAGAUGACCCAAGCAGUGACAAGGAAAAUUCUUCCUCAGAGGAUGAAGAAAAUCAGAAAUGCCAGACAUCCAUUGUUGAAUACAGGGCCUUACAGAAAGUGCUAGCAGAGAAGAAUGCACAGCGAGAUGAAACUUUAUUACAAAUCAAGAAUUGUAAAGACAAGAUCCGACAUUACAAAUCGCGUCUCGAGAGGGAGGAAAAUAACAAGCGACAACAGUUAAAAAUACUCCGGAAAACACACGAAGUUCAGAUACAGGAGAAGGAACAACUAGUAGACAACUUACAGGCCAUUAUAACAGAACAGGAAGAAAGAAUUAAAGAGUUAGAAGAUAAUGUUGUUACAACACCGAGGAAAAGAACAAGACAGGCAAAGCAGACGGCACAAACCACAACCAUAACUCAUUCACCUGUAGAAAGCACUGCCAAACUGAUCGAUGAUAUUAAACGUCUUCAGUCAGAACGGUCGUCGGUUUCGGCCGAGCUGAACGAGGUUCAAAUUGAACUGACAACAUUACGAGAGGAAAGUUCAAGGGAGAUAACUGCCUUGAAAGACAUGAUCGUGCAAUUAGAGAAGGGAGGGAAUGCCGGCAAUAGCAAUAUUAGUGAUAAAAUACCUAGUCAAAGAAACCAUAGUUUUAGGAAUAACCAGUUGAUAUUACCAUGUAGUACGGACACAGAGAAGCAAGUCGAGGUUCUGCAGGCAGAAAAUGACCGGCUUCUCCAAGAGUUAACUGAAGCCAAAAAUGCUCAUACUAAAGCAGUUACUGUGUCGAAACUCGGUAACCAUAGGCAACAGCAAUUAGAUGAUGAAAUCAAGAGAUUGAAAGAAAGAAACUUGCAGUUGGAAGCUGAUGUCACUGCCCGGUUCGGAAGUGCUGACGAGAUGAAUCAGUUAAAACAUGAAGUCAGUACACUCGGUGAAGAAAACACGCAGCUAGAGGCACGAGUUAGAGAACUACAGGCAGAGAUAUUUACACUGCAUGCAAAAUCUCCAGAGGUUGUGAAGGUAACCAAAGUAAAGCAGGUCGAAUCUGAAUCCCUGAGAAAGCAGUAUGAUGCAUGUAAGGCAGAGAUCCAGCAGCUGAAGCAGGACCUAGAGGCCAGGAAACAGGAAUUCCAUGAGGCACAAACACGGGUUAAAUAUCUCGAGAGGAUGUUGAAAAUGACCGAGUCUGACAAAGAUGAAGCAGAGGCGUCAUUAUGGAAAGAGUUAGACAGUCUAAACAAAGAACACCAGACCAGUGUUAAACAGUUAAAAGAACAGUUAGCAACUGAGAAACAAAAUGAGAUUAAACUGGCUGAAAAUCGUCUACUGUAUGAGCACAAAAGAGAACUUCAUAGUCUUGUAGAAUCUAUAAAUGAAAAACACAAAAAAGAAACAUUACACUUAGAAAACUCUCAAAAGUCAUUGUUAGCACAACAUGAAACUGAGCUCUCUAAAUUGGAGGAAGAAAAGGCAAAGCUGCUCUCUGAUUUGGAGGAAACAAAGUGCCAAGUACAAGUAGAACUGAGUAAAUUAUCAGUGAAAUUUGAGUCUGAAAAGGACAGUCUUGUAAAAAAGAAUAAAGUAGAAAUGAAACAGUUGGAAGAAGAUUUAAAUAUAGCCAAGUCAGCUGCAUUGACACAGCAGAGGGAAGAAUUGCAGAGGGAGAGAGACAUGUGUCUGAGGGAGCUGGAAGAGAAGCUACAGUCAGAGCAUAAGGGAGAAAUUUCAAAGAGAUUGAAGAACUACAAAGAGAGACGACCACUGCCGAGAAAUGUUGUACUGGAACAAAUACAGUCGCUGGUUGCACUGCGUACCUUCACCAGUCUUUCUAGUAACAUCAGAGUGUUCUGUCGUGUACGACCACUUAUCAAGGAGGAUGGUAACGGGCAGCAAGCAGAAAAUAUUGUCAGUUUAGACCAUGAUGAUGACGGUGUUCUCUUUAUAAACAGUAAAGGUAGAACACAGACUUUCGAUGUGGAUAAAGUGUUUGGUGAGCAGAGCUCACAGGAUCAGGUAUUUGAGGAAGUGAAGGCGUUGGUUACAUCAUGUAUAGAUGGUUACAAUGUGUGUAUCUUUGCCUAUGGUCAGACAGGAAGUGGUAAAACUUAUACAAUGGAGGGGACUGAAAGUAAUCCUGGAAUCAACCAGAGAGCCCUUGCUGAACUGUUUGAAGAGACUGCAGCCAGAGUGGACUGGGAGUUCACCAUUACUGUCAGUGUUAUAGAAAUAUAUAACGAGAUGAUCAGAGAUCUUCUUGGUGAGGAUACAGCCUAUAAGAUGGAGGUGAAAAUGAAUCCUGAUGGAGGAUAUCAUAUACCAGGAUUGUGUUAUGUGGCCGUACAAUCUGUGGCAGAUGUGAAUGAGUGUUUCAGAUUAGGUCAGCAGAAUCGUGCCACUGCUGCCACAAACAUGAACGAGCAUUCUUCACGAUCUCACGCACUUCUCAGUGUCACUGUGAUAGGAUUCAAUAAAACCACUGCUGCUAAAACUACAGGAAAGUUAAACCUUGUUGAUCUGGCUGGGUCAGAGAGAGUUAGCAAGUCUAAGGCAGAUGGUACUCGACUGAAGGAAGCUCAGUGUAUCAACAAAUCUCUAUCUUCACUAGGGGAUGUAAUCUUUGCUUUAAGAUCCAAGCAGAGUUACAUCCCUUACAGGAACUCUAAGUUGACCUAUCUUUUACAAGAUUCACUGGGAGGGGACAGCAAAACACUGAUGAUUACCCAGAUUGCCCCAGUUAGAAAGAAUGAAGGGGAAACAAUUUGUUCUCUAAAUUUCGCCCAGCGUGUGAGGAAUGUGGAACUCGGUGCUGCCACAAGGAAAUUAGAGAAUGGAGAUGGGACAGAGGAAAGCUGUGUUGACGUGAAGAAUGAUCCUUCCUCACCAGCGAGAACAUAUUCCACGCCACAGAGAAUGAAUAUGGUCAACAAAUCAAGUACACCUUCCUCUUCAUUGGGUAUGAAAUCAAGCACACCUUCAAGUCUUGCAAAUAAAGCCAGUACCCCGUCGUCUAGUUCAAAACUUACACCUGUGAGACAGGCCAGGAAGAAAUGAUCUCUAAAGGACAAAAACUGCUUCAAGAAAACUUAUGUGAAUUUCCUUGAAUGCUGCCAGAUCUUGAAAGAACUAGAAAUAUGUAUCCUGAUUUGGUAUUUUCGCUUGUAAACUGAAGGAACAUUAGUCAUAGACAGUGAGCGUUAUAUUAAGAAAGUUUAUUAUUCAUUCAAGGAGGAACAAUAUACACUACUGCUGAGUAUGAGAAAGAGAAUGGAUUCCAAUAGUUUUAUUCAGACUGUAACUAACCCAGAUUUUUUACAAAAGUAGUUUGAAAAAAAAAUGCAGUGCAAAAGAAUCAUUUCUACUCUAUAAAGGAUGUAUUAGAUAAUGUUAGAAGUGUAGUUCUUGCAUAAGGCUAUACACCUUUGUAAAUUCAUGCAUGUUUUGUGAAUGAUAACAGACUGUUAUUUUUGAAUAUUUGUGCAUGAAUUAAUGAUUUCAACUGCUGACACAUGUGUUCUGAAUAAAACAAAAAGAAAUACAUUUAGUGCA